AUGAACCAUAAAUUGUUAUUUCGAGCAACGAACGGUGAGUACGGAGCUGAUCUGCUAAUGAAUGGUGCAGGGAUAUAUAAUCAAAGAGAUACAGUGAAUGAUGUAAGCAACAGAUUGGAAGCUAUUGAACAUACGUCACACACAGACGCUAUUACCUCACGUUCAGCAGCCAAGCAAUUACCCACAAACAGAGAAAAUGUUUUACCGAAAAGGAGGUCACAUCGAAUUCAAAAUCAAACUCACCAAAAUCAUCGUUAUCAUGAGCAGUCACAACAGUUUCAUGCUAAUACAAAUAAUCGUGUAGAAUUUGCUGCGGGGUUAAACUCAAGAUCAAAAGAGCAACAGUUUCUGUGCCAAAAAUCAAAUCAGUCGUAUUCCCCUCAUCAUGAACAUACGAAAUUUUUUGCUGAAACUGCGCAACCUGUCAUCGAUUAUGAAACCUCCCGAGACACAUCGAAAGUGAAGUCCAAAACAUUAUCACCCAGACCACCGCUGCACUUUGUACCACCUUACUUUCUAGAACGAGUAUCCAAGAUACAACCCAUCAGUACUCACGUAGAAGUACCACGUUUGCCAACUGUUACAACUAUUCCAAUAUUAUCAUCAUCGUUGUCAUUAUCAGGUCAGCUAAAGAAAAAACUUCCUCUCGAGAAGUCAACAUCCACAAGAUUGGGCACUCAGGCAGUAAAAUAUUACUCGGGAAAAUUUCCAAAGAGAUUAAGGCAUUUGCUCACAAAUUUCAAGAAUGGCAAUGAUGCUUUCUUGAAAUGCUGCAAAGAUAGAGCUGUUGACGUUUCGUGUGAGUCACGCUGUAAUUUUGAAGUACUGAACCGCAGAGUGCUAACAACAAUGCUUCUCGGAGCAGAUUCAUGCCCACAGAGUAAUGGUCGAAAAUUAUUGUCUUGCGCCGCUCAAGAUACUGACCACACGUACUGCUGCAGAGCAAAUGGAGUGCAGAAAACGACAGCAGGCGAUAAAUGUUUGCAGUUCUGUAAAAUGUCACCAGGAUUUGAAAUGGAGAUCGAUAUCAGUAUGCUUCCUUGCUGGAGCGUACUCGAAAAAAUCAAAAAGUGUUUUCGUCUUGGUCUUAUGGAGAAGUACAGAAACUGGGAGGUUGGUGUAAAUACUGACAUGUUAUAA